AUGGACACGGCGCUGCACUUGUACGCGCGCUGCGGUCGGGCCGACGCAGCCAAGAUGCAGCUUCGCCACGGCGCCGACACGGAGAUCUGCAACGCACAGGGCUUCACGCCGCUGCUGCUGGCCGCACGCUACAACCAGCUGGGAGUACUUCAACUUCUGCUUCAACAUGGGGCGCGCGUGGACGCGUUGGCUCCAUUGGAGAUGGAUUUGGGUCAGAACGGAGUUGAAUUGGGCUCUUGCGUCCACUUUGCGGCCGAAAGUGGCCACGUUCAGGUGCUCAAGUUCCUCGUCGCGGCUGCAGCACUAGACCCCGACGAGUACACUCGAGGACGACAAGGGAUCACGCCGCUGCACUUGGCGGCGCGUCUGGGUCGAGCGGAUAUCGUACGAUUCCUGGUGACUAGGAGUGAUGUGGACGUCAACGCCAGAGACGCUCGAGGCAUGACACCGCUGCACCACGCCUUCUCCAUGACGCUGCGCACGUGGAAGUCGUGA